AGCGCCUCUUUUGUUGGUGGCGGGAAGCCGUGUGGGGGCGACACAGGCGCCGCGGAUUGUGCUGCGGAGAGGGGCGGCAGUCGGCGGGAGCUGCCCGGGGGGAGCAGGGAUGAGCGGUGGGGUGUACGGAGGCGAUGAAGUUGGGGCCCUUGUUUUUGACAUUGGGUCCUACACAGUGAGGGCAGGAUAUGCUGGAGAAGACUGUCCAAAGGCAGACUUUCCAACAGCGAUUGGAAUGCUGUUGGAACGUGACGAUGGGAGCACACCGAUGGAAAUCGAAGGAGACAAAGGAAAAUCGAGUGGCACAACGUACUUUAUCGACACAAACUCUUUGCGGGUUCCCCGAGAAAAUGUGGAAGUUAUCUCUCCUUUGAAAAAUGGAAUGAUUGAAGACUGGGACAGCUUUCAGGGGAUCUUAGACCACACUUAUAAGAAUCAUAUAAAAUCUGAAGCUUGCCUGCACCCUGUUCUGAUGUCCGAGGCCCCGUGGAAUACUCGGGCAAAGAGGGAAAGGCUCACUGAGUUGAUGUUCGAACAUUAUAAUAUCCCAGCAUUUUUCCUGUGUAAAACUGCUGUGCUCACAGCCUUUGCUAAUGGCCGAUCUACAGGCUUAGUGUUAGAUAGCGGAGCUACUCAUACCACAGCUAUUCCGGUGCAUGAUGGAUAUGUCCUUCAGCAAAGCAUUGUUAAGUCACCACUCGCUGGGGACUUCAUUUCCAUGCAAUGCAGAGAGCUGUUUCAAGAACUAAAUGUGGAAAUAAUUCCUCCAUAUAUGAUUGCAUCAAAGGUCGACACCACUGGAAAACCUUCAGCUUCGAAGUCUGCUGAGAGGCCCAUCUUACAGUCCUCAUUGGCCUCAAAAUCCGCUCAGGAAUCUGUUCGUGAGGGAUCGCCAGCCAACUGGAAGAAGAAAGACAAACUCCCUCAGGUCACUCGGUCCUGGCAUAAUUACAUGUGCAACGAAGUGAUUCAAGAUUUCCAGGCUUCAGUGCUCCAGGUGUCUGAUUCAUCUUAUGAUGAACAAGUGGCUGCACAGAUGCCCACUGUUCAUUAUGAAUUUCCAAAUGGCUAUAACUGUGACUUUGGGGCUGAGAGACUACGGAUCCCAGAGGGCUUGUUUGAUCCUUCCAAUGUUAAGGGUUUGUCUGGAAACACAAUGUUGGGUGUCAGCCACGUAGUGACCACAAGUGUUGGAAUGUGUGACAUUGACAUUAGACCGGUAUCUAAACAAGAUACAGAAAGAGGC